AAUGGAAAGUGGGACAGAAGUAGAGAUCCAACUGUUAAACUUGUUCACCCCGUACCAGAAAAGAGAAUCCAUCAAUCCCCCAUCAAAGCGAAUCAAGAAAACACCUCUCCCUCUCCCUGUCUGUCUCCCUGUCUCUGUCUCUGUCUCUCUGUCUCUCUCUGCUUCAUGAGGGUCCUCAAUCUCUCCAGCAGCACAGCUUGUUAGCUCACAGGCAGAGAAUACAAUCAUGGGUUGCUGCGAAUCAUCCCUCCUCAGGGAGACCCACCCGGAGAACGACCACCCAGCUCAGCAGCCGCCCCACUUCGGCCGCGGCCGCCAGCUGCAGCAAGGCGGCGGCGGCGGCGGCGGGGCCUCCCCGGGGGCGCCCGGCGGAGCCCGGACCUUCUCCGAGUUCUCGCUGUUGGACCUUAAGUCCGCCACCGCCGGCUUCAACCCCGACUUCAUCGUCUCCGAGGGCGGCGAGAAGGCCCCGAACCUCGUCUUCAAGGGCCGCGUCAAGAGCGGCGCGUGGAUCGCCGUCAAGAAGUUCGCGAAAUUGGCGUGGCCCGACCCGAAGCCGUUCGCGGAGGAGGCACAGGGUGUUGGGAAGUUGAGGCAUAGGAGAUUAGCUAACUUGAUUGGAUAUUGCUGUGAAGGCGAUGAGAGGCUUCUGGUUGCGGAGUAUAUGCCGAAUGAUACUCUUGCAAAGCACUUGUUUCAUUGGGAAAACCAAACCAUUGAAUGGGCAAUGCGUCUACGAGUUGCUCUCUACAUCGCAGAAGCCUUAGAAUACUGCAGUAAUGAAGGUCAUCCCUUGUACCAUGAUCUCAAUGCCUAUAGGGUUCUAUUUGAUGAGGAUGGUGAUCCCCGUCUUUCAUGCUUUGGCUUGAUGAAGAAUAGUCGAGACGGGAAAAGCUACAGCACAAAUCUCGCCUAUAUGCCUCCUGAGUAUAUGAAGAAUGGAAGGGUCACCCCUGAAAGUGUUGUUUACAGCUUUGGCACCAUCCUUCUUGAUUUGCUAAGCGGGAAGCACAUCCCUCCUAGUCAUGCUCUUGACAUGAUACGAGGGAAAAACAACAUUCAGCUGACGGAUUCACAUUUGGUGGGUAAGUUUUCAAUGGAAGAAGCUACGAUGGUGGUUAAUCUUGCCUGUCAGUGUUUGCAACAUGAACCAAGAGAGCGGCCUAAUAUAAAGGACAUUGUUGCAACGCUUGUUCCUUUACAAACCAAAUCAGAUGUUCCAUCACAUGUCAUGCUUGGAAUUUCCAAGCAGGAGGAUAUACCACAAGCGCUAAAGGCCCGUCUUUCACGAUUGGGAGAGGCCUGCUCAAGGAUGGAUCUCACAGCAAUCCACGGGAUCUUGGUCAAUGCACACUACAGAGAUGAUGAAGGAACCAAUGAGUUGUCCUUCCAAGAGUGGACACAACAGAUGAAAGAUAUGCUGGAAGCAAGAAAGCGUGGAGACUACGCCUUCCGUGACAAAGAUUUCAAGACUGCCAUUGACUGUUACUCUCAGUUUAUAGAUGUGGGGACGAUGCUCUCUCCAACUGUAUUUGCAAGGCGGAGUUUAUGCUACCUCCUAUGUGAUCAACCAGAUGCUGCCCUUCGAGAUGCAAUGCAAGCUCAAUUGAUAUAUCCAGAAUGGCCUACUGCAUUUUUCAUGCAAUCAGUCGCUCUUGCCAAGCUGGACAUGCACAAAGAUGCUGUGGACAUGUUGAAUGAAGCAGCUGGACUUGAAGAAAAGAGGCAAAAAAGUGGGAAAGGACCGUCGUAGCUCAGUCCAAGUGUAACUCUUUCUUUUGUGUAAAUACUGGGUGAAAAUUUGUGCAGAAGCAUUUUUAUUUCGUGUUUAAAUGUUUUGAGCGUAUCCGCUUCCAUUGAUCAUAACCAACCAGGCAUAACAACACGAUGAUUUUUGAGAGAGAGCUAGAGAAGGGCUUGCAAAGAAGCUUUUCAGUA